UUCGGACUUAGAUGAGCUGGAUAUUCACCCUGCUAAGGACUCACUCCCCUGGGCAGGCCUGAGUUAGGAUAGUGACCAGUGGCUCAAAGCUUUAAGGGACUAUGACCAGAGGCUGGUUAGAUUGUUUCCUUCUUGCUAGUUCCAUGCUAUAGGGCUUUCUAUGGCUUGUCUAGAUAGCUUUCACCAGGUCCACUUUCUCCUAGUGUUGCUAGGAGACUGGGUUAUUCCUACCCGAAGUGACUUAAAAGCUCAGAAAAAAAUUUCCCUUUUCACAACCUGUAGCCCCUCCAGUUUGUUUUCUCUGGACUCAGAAUAGCUCCUCCUUCUCCAGCUCUGACAGCCAUUAGCUCGGUUUCUUCUGGCCUAGGGAGUGUUGCUGUGGAAACCAUUAAGACACUUUACAUAGCACAAGUCUGCCAGGAAAACUAGGCCACAAGUUUGUAGAGUCUGAGGAGGCCUGGGAAAAGCUGCAGAGCAGGCGGGAGUGUGUGUGUCAGACUGCCUCCCCACCCCCUGCACCCCAUUUUGACUGAAUGGGGGGUGACCCGCUUGACCUUUGAAUAUGACUCCGAACCCUUUGGGAAAGAACGGGAUGCAGCCAUUAUGAAGAUGGCCAAGGAGGCGGGUGUGGAGGUGGUGACUGAGAACUCUCACACCCUUUAUGACUUAGACAGAAUCAUCGAACUGAAUGGGCAGAAACCACCCCUUACCUACAAGCGCUUUCAGGCUCUCAUCAGCCGUAUGGAGCUGCCCAAGAAGCCAGUGGGGGCUGUGAGCAGCCAGCAUAUGGAGAACUGCAGAGCUGAGAUCCAGGAGAACCAUGAUGACACCUAUGGCGUGCCUUCCUUAGAGGAACUGGGAUUCCCCACAGAAGGACUUGGCCCAGCUGUUUGGCAAGGAGGAGAGACAGAAGCUCUGGCCCGCCUGGAUAAGCACUUGGAACGGAAGGCCUGGGUUGCCAACUAUGAGAGACCUCGGAUGAAUGCCAAUUCCUUGCUGGCCAGCCCCACAGGCCUCAGCCCCUACCUGCGCUUUGGCUGCCUCUCCUGCCGCCUCUUCUACUACCGCCUGUGGGACUUGUACAGAAAGGUGAAGAGGAACAGCACACCCCCCCUCUCCUUAUUUGGACAACUCCUAUGGCGAGAAUUCUUCUAUACAGCGGCCACCAACAACCCCAGGUUUGACCGAAUGGAGGGGAACCCCAUCUGCAUCCAGAUCCCCUGGGACCGCAACCCCGAAGCCCUGGCCAAGUGGGCCGAGGGCAAGACAGGCUUCCCUUGGAUUGACGCCAUCAUGACCCAACUGAGGCAGGAGGGCUGGAUCCACCACCUGGCCCGGCACGCUGUGGCCUGCUUCCUCACCCGAGGGGACCUCUGGGUCAGCUGGGAGAGCGGGGUCCGGGUAUUUGAUGAGUUGCUCCUGGAUGCAGAUUUCAGCGUGAAUGCAGGCAGCUGGAUGUGGCUGUCCUGCAGUGCUUUCUUCCAACAGUUCUUCCACUGCUACUGCCCUGUGGGCUUUGGCCGACGCACGGACCCCAGUGGGGACUACAUCCGGCGAUACCUGCCCAAACUGAAAGGCUUCCCCUCUCGAUAUAUCUAUGAGCCCUGGAAUGCUCCCGAGUCGGUUCAGAAGGCCGCUAAGUGCAUCAUUGGCGUGGACUACCCACGGCCCAUCGUCAACCACGCAGAGACUAGUCGGCUCAACAUUGAGCGGAUGAAGCAGAUCUACCAACAGCUGUCACGAUACCGGGGGCUCUGUCUGUUGGCAUCUGUCCCUUCCUGUGUAGAAGACCUCAGUCACCCUGUGGCAGAGCCUGGUUCUAGCCAGGCUGGGAGCAUCAGCAACACAGGCCCCAGACCACUGUCCAGUGGCCCAGCCUCCCCCAAACGCAAGCUGGAAGCAGCUGAGGAACCUCCAGGUGAAGAACUGAGCAAGCGGGCUAGAGUGACAGUGACUCAGAUGCCUGCCCAGGAGCCACCAAGCAAGGACUCCUGAGACUGGAGAGCCAUUGCUCCGUGAGCAAAGCCCAGGUGCCUGAGCUGCCAUGGCCACAGAGAAGACAUGGAACCUACAGAGAAGACAGUCACCAACAGACAGAGCGAGCGACUGUGUGUGUGCAGAGGGAGGUGUGGUGUGCCGUUUGCGUGUGCAUGCAUCUGUUUACACUCUCAUGAUCCUGAAUGUUGCCUGUGCUGGAGGAGCCCCUAGAUCAUGCCUUCUUACCAGGGCUGUUUCUUGACUUCCAGACAUAAGACUAGAACCCGCAGCAGUAACCGUCAGCCCAAAUCUGCCCCUGGGAGCCCCAAUAGGGUGGUAAGACCCUAGCUUGAAUUCUGGUCUCUGCCUCCCCAGACUCUUCUUCCUCCCUCCUUUUAACAAGGAGCUGGAGGGCCACAUUUUUGACUCUCAUCUAAAGCAUGGAGUUUCAGAGGCAGUCAGAGUCCUGCUGACUUAGUUCCCACUUUUCUGACACUAGAACCUGAGCAGGCUGGAAUAGAUGUGUCCUGUUGAUCUUAAACAGCCUGGCCAGUCUUCUUAUAAAAUCCUGUGCCAUUAACAGGCUUCCCUGAUGUCUAAGGCUACAGACUAGUGUGUUGUGUGCCCAGUACUGCUUAUGUCAGCCUCAGACAUAAUAUCAGUCUUUGUAGAACCUUCUAAAAAAAACCACAUGGGGAAUAGACUCCCAGUCUUCUGUCCCUUCCCUAGCAGCUAAGGUCCAGUCUCGACCUUCUAGAAGCUGUGGACAGGCUAGGGUCUGAACUGGUGAAAGAAACCCAGGUCCCACAGCUGCAGGGCCCCUGGUUCCUCUGGCUGUACUCCUGACACCACAUGCUCCAGCCAGUACUGCUGAUAUCCAGCCAGGCAAGCUGGACAGCCUGGCUGGUCAGCACCUGCCCUGCAGUGUCAGCUGCCCAGGACUGAGCUUCCGGAGACUCAGACAGACUUAGGGGUGGAGCACUGCCUCUGGCAGUUGGCGAGAGGUCAGAGACCAUGCCUGGCACAUCAACAUCUUCGCAGAGCAGCAGUGAAGGAUUGACAUAGAGAAGUCAAGCCUUGCUUUCCAGGGGAGCCAACUCUCCCUCCCACUGUUGGGUCAUAUGGAGAAAGAAGUUAUGAAAGGAUCUGGGGGUACCUGAGCAAGUCUUCCUUCCACCCCGUGGCCUGCAUUUGAGCCACAGUGUGUGUGUGUGUGUGUGUGUGUGUGUGUGUGUGUGUGUGUGUGUGUGUGUGUGUGUUUGUGUGUGUGUGUGUGUGUGUGUGUGUGUGUGUGUGUGUGUGGAGAGAGAGAGAGAGAGAGAGAGAGUGAGUGAGUUUGUUUCUGUUUGGAUUUUUGUUCUCACAUGUAACAUUAAGCUGGCCUCUGGGCCUUUUCCUCUCUACCUCCCCUGUGACCUUUCCUAGCCUCAGAGUUGUUAAUGCCCUUGGCCCUGGCCUUUUUUUGUGUCAGACCAGAACCCUGGGGUCAGGCUCCCCCCUCCAGCUGUCUAGCACAUCUGACAGGCUUCUUUUUGAGAUGGCCUCAGGUUUUCUCAGCAGAGAGCUGCCUUUAGUCCAACUGUUUAUGUUCAUCAUCCUGACUAGAAGCAUCCUACGAUUGUGUGAAGAAACGGCAUCUGUGAUGCCAUGUUCAGAGUCAUGGGGUGUGGCCUCCCUGUCCCUAGCCCCAGGCCAAGAGGAAAGGGCCAAAGGCUCUUGCUGGAGGGACAGUAGAAUGCGUCUGGAGAACUGGUCCCAGAGGAGCAAAGGCUUAUUCUGGGGCCAGUAUUUAUUUUGCAACAUCUUCAGCUAUGGGGACAAUGGCCUUCUCUGCUUUUUUGAUGAUGGCUCUCUCCUCAAGGUACAAGUUGGCAAGGUCAUCUGUCCUUCCACCUCCUUGACAUGUUGGCCCAUUUCCAGGACAGCCUUCCAGUGAAUGGAGCAGACUAUUCCACAGCUGUGGGAUAGAGUGUCUUGGAGCCCUGGAAUGACUUCAUGCCUCCUUUUGCCUAGCCUGAGUGGCCCUGAGGACUGUCACAGAACAGUGCCCCAUGUCCUGCUCCUGGGCCCGAGCAUGGGGAAGAGAUGGUUGCAGGCAAGAGCACUUUACAGCAUUCCCCAUUGCUGGGAAGGUUGUUUCUCCUACAGUGUGUGAAUACUUACCUGUUUUAUAAAUGUCUGAUCCUGUCUGAGUAAAA